UCAUUCAGUUCAUCUGGGAUGCCUGAUCGCACCCCAAAAGGUCACAGUCAUACCCCAGGCUGGGUAGAGAGGGUAGAAUGGCGAAAAGCUGACACCAUGAAUCCCGACACAUAUGGUAACAUUCUACCUGGCGUCAAUGCAAUGGUGCACACCAUAGGCACGCUCCUCGAUAAUACGCAGUGCAAUGAACAGCCACGACAAGGAUUUCGUAGACUCAUCUAG